AUGCCCCCUAAGAAGCAAGUUCAAGAGACGAAGAUCCCCCUUGGUCGACCCGGUAAUAACCUUAAAAGUGGUAUCGUUGGUUUAGCUAACGUAGGUAAGUCCACAUUCUUCCAGGCCAUCACCCGCUGCCCUCUGGGUAACCCCGCAAACUAUCCGUUUGCAACUAUCGAUCCCGAGGAGGCCCGGGUUAUUGUGCCCAGUCCUCGCUUUGACAAGCUGUGCGAGAUGUACAAGCCUGCGAGUGAGGUCCCCGCAUUCUUGACCAUUUACGAUAUUGCUGGUCUUACACGUGGUGCCCAUGCUGGUGAGGGUCUCGGUAAUGCCUUCCUGUCGAACAUCCGUGCUGUUGAUGCCAUUUACCAGGUUGUCCGCUGCUUUGACGAUGCUGAGAUUAUCCACAUUGAGGGCGACGUCAACCCUGUUCGUGAUUUGCAGAUCAUCAACGACGAGCUGCGUCUCAAAGAUAUCGAGUUCUCGAAAAAGUAUCGUGAGAACGUUGAGAAGACCGCCAAGCGCGGUGGCCAGUCCAUGGAGGUCAAGAAGGCCAAGGACGAGCUUGAUAUGAUCGACAAGAUCAUUGAGCACCUCGAGUCCGGCAAGCGUGUUCACAACGGCGUUUGGUCCCCCAAGGAGGUUGAGCUCAUCAACAGCAUGCUGCUUUUGACAGCCAAGCCCUCCAUCUACCUGGUUAAUCUCAGCGAGCGCGACUACAUCCGCAAGAAGAAUAAGCAUUUGCUCGGCAUCAAGCAGUGGGUCGACGAGAACUCCCCUGGUGAUUUGAUCAUCCCCAUCUCCGUUUCUCUUGAGGAGCGUCUUUCUCACAUGGAGACCGACGAGGAGCGUGCUGCUGAGCUCGAGAAGCUCGGUACACAGUCUGCCCUCAACAAGAUUAUCAUCACUAUGCGUCAGGCGCUUGGUCUGAUCUCUUUCUUCACUUCCGGUCCCGACGAGGUCCGCGAGUGGACCAUUCGUGAAGGAACUAAGGCGCCGGCCGCCGCCGGAGUCAUUCACGGUGACCUGCAAAAGACAUUCAUUCUUGCCCAGGUCCAGCGUUACGAGGACCUGGUUGAGUGUGGUGAUGAGGCCGCCGUUAAAGCCGCUGGUAAGCUCAUGCAGAAGGGUAAAGAGUAUGUUGUUGAAGAUGGCGAUGUUAUUUACUUCCGUGCUGCUGCUGGUAAAAACUAA